AUGGGUAUUAUCGACAAUGAGAUGAAGCGAUUGCAGGACGUCGUGUCCGGCUUAGAGGACCGCGUACGACGUCUAGAACAGCGCCAAUCCGGUGAAAGUAAUGAGAGUGUGCGCAUGAUUCUCAUGGGCCCUCCUGGAGCUGGAAAGGGAACGCAAGCGCCUAAGAUCAAGGAGAAGUUCUCGUGUUGCCAUUUAGCUACCGGCGACAUGCUCCGAUCCCAAGUCGCCAAGAAGACACCUCUUGGAAAGGAAGCGAAGAAGAUCAUGGAUGCAGGUGGUCUGGUCAGCGAUGAGAUAGUCAUUGGCAUGAUUAGGGAAGAACUUGACAACAAUAAGGAGUGCAAGGGAGGCUUCAUCCUUGACGGUUUCCCCCGCACUGUCGCUCAAGCCGAAUCGCUCGACAAGAUGCUUGCCGACAAGAACCAGAAGCUACAGCACGCGGUCGAGUUACAAAUCGACGAUGCUCUCCUGGUUGCGCGUAUUACCGGUCGUCUAGUCCACCCCGCCUCCGGACGAAGUUAUCACAGCACCUUCAACCCCCCGAAGCUGCCUAUGACGGACGAUAUCACCGGCGAGCCCCUGAUCCAGCGAUCUGACGACAACGCUGAUGCGCUGAAGAAGCGUCUGGUUACCUACCACAAGCAGACCUCCCCAGUUGUCGGAUACUAUAAGAACACUGGUAUCUGGAAGGGCGUUGACGCCAGCCAAGAACCUGGCCAGGUUUGGACCAGCCUGUUGAAGAUUUUCGACGAGAAUAAGAGCCCUAAGAGCGGUGGUAUCUUGAGCAAGCUGACUGGCCAAUAA